AUGGCGUCGUACGCGCUGAUGAUGGAGACGAUGAAGAGGGCGAUGGGACAUCGACGGAUGGAGGCGACGAAGAUGGAGGCGUCGACGUCCAUGGGGUGGUUUCGUGGCGUUUGGAGGAGAGGCGGGGGUAAGGCGCGCGCGCCGCCGACGAUGACCGAGUCGGAGAUAACGAACGCGCUCGCAUCGAUCGAGCUGUCUUCGCGCGAACGCGACGAGAAAGACUUGGAAGUGGUUGAGGUUUACUCGCUUGAUUCGUACGUCCGAGAAGGCGUCCUGGUCGCGCACGGGGAAUCUUCGUACGCGUUACCGAUGGACAUCGACCGACGCGUGUUGAACUCGUACAGGACGACGUGGACGGGUCGAGUGACGAAAACGCCGGUGGAAGCCACGGCUCACUGGAAGAAAAUGUUUUCAGUCGUCGAAUCGCGUCACUUUGAUGAUAAGAAGGGAAACGUCGACUACGGAGCGAUAGCGCUCGAUGAUCGAUACGGAGAGUUCGAGGAGGCGACCUGCGAGUUGCGAUCGAUUCGUUUGAACGAGGGCCAGCUGGCGAACGAAGACGCUCGAAAGGCGUUCCUUCUGAAUGUUUACAAUAUUGCGGUGAAGCACGCUUUCGUUAACGUGGGGAUCCCCGAAACACCGCGACAGAGAUCGUCGUUCUACGGCGGUGUCGGUUACGUAAUCGGUGGUGAUUUUUACACCUUGGAUGACAUUGAGCACGGAUUGCUUCGCGCGAACGCGCCGCAUCCCUCGAAUAAGUUCGCUUCGAAUCAUUUCAAGGAUCGACACGAGGCGAAAUACGCCCUCUCGAAGCUCGAUCCGAGGAUUCACUUCGCACUUAACUGCGGUGCAAAUUCAUGCCCACCGAUCCGAGCGUACAGCACCAGUAGCAUUGACGCGCAGUUAGACUUGGCGGCGAGCGCAUUUCUGAACUCAACCGUCGUCAUUAAUGAGGGUAAAUCGUCGGUGACACUUUCAAAGAUCAUGAGCUGGUACGCGAAAGAUUUCGGAAAUACCACGCACGAGGUCCUGCGGUUCAUCGCGUCAAGGCUCAAGGAUCAUCGAAAAGCCGCGCUCACGUCAAUGCUGGCGAGUGGGAAAACUCCUCGAGUGACGUACGCCGAGUACGAUUGGGCCACCGACACGUCUGAACCGCGCCCGUUUUCCCUCAACCGAUUCGUAGGUUAA